AUGGCGCAAAAAACGACGCUCAAAGAGUUCGAGGCCGUGUACCCGAAGCUCGAGGAAGACAUCCUCGACCAUGCGCGCUCGUACAACCUGCCGCAAGCCGAGCUCGACUGGCUCAAGAAGAACCUCGAGGUCAACCCGCUGGGCGGUAAAUGCAAUCGCGGCAUGUCCGUCCCCGACUCGGUCUCCAUCCUCCUCGGCAGGCCCCUCGAUGAGCAGGAAUACUUCCAGUCGGCGACGCUCGGCUGGAUGACGGAGCUGCUCCAAGCCUUCUUCCUCGUCUCCGACGACAUCAUGGACAGCAGCAUCACCCGCCGUGGACAGCCUUGCUGGUACCGUCAAGACGGCGUGGGCAUGAUCGCCAUCAACGACGCCUUCAUCCUCGAGUCCGGCAUCUACAUCCUCCUCAAGAAGUACUUCCGCUCCCACCCCGCCUACGUCGACCUCCUCGAGCUCUUCCACGAGACGACGCUCCAGACGGAGCUCGGCCAGCUCUGCGAUCUCCUCACGGCGCCCGAGGACAAGGUCAACCUCGACAACUUUUCCAUGACAAAGUACCAGUUCAUCGUCAUCUACAAGACGGCCUACUACUCCUUCUACCUCCCCGUCGCCCUCGCCCUCCACCAGCUCAAUCUAGCAACUCCCAAGAACCUCAAGCAGGCCCAGGACAUCCUCAUCCCCCUCGGCGAGUACUUCCAGAUCCAGGACGACUACCUCGACAACUUUGGCCUUCCCGAGCACAUCGGCAAGAUCGGCACCGACAUCAAGGACAACAAGUGCUCCUGGCUCGUCAACCAAGCGCUCGCCAAGUCGACGUCCGAACAGCGCCAGAUCCUCGAGGACAACUAUGGCCAGAAGGACGAUGCCAAGGAGGCCAUCAUCAAGAAGCUCUACGACGACAUGGAUCUGAAGGGGUGCUUCGAGAUCUUUGAGGAAAAACGCAAGAAGGAGAUCGACACCAUGAUCGAGAACGUCGACGAGAGUGACGGCCUCAAGAAGGAAGUCUUCAAGGCCUUCCUCGACAAGAUUUUUAAGCGAACCAAGUAG